GAACAGUUUGUUUAGUCGUGUCCAAAGCCAACCUACUGAUUGCCGUAUUCAGUAGUAUAGGUCGCCAUUUUGUUGUUUUAUAUCUUGCGAAACAAACAGAUGAAACAAGAGGAUUGUGGAGAUACCCAUAGUCGUAAACAGAGGGCUUCUGGUAGUAAAUCUAGCCGAAGUCGAAAAUCCAAGGAAAGUGCUUCUAAAAGAAAGUCCCAUUCAAAAAGCAAUGAAUUACCGCAACCGACUGUUACCCCUGUUCCAAAGCGAAGGAAAAAGGAGCAUUCUAAAACUGUACCUGAUUACACACCCACUCGUAGUAGUGGUCGUUUGACUCGUUCUUCGACUUUAACAAAUACAGUUACAAAGUCUACACCGAAACCUAAACCGUCCAGUGCGACAAAAAAAGAGUCUUGUUCUUAUUCAGAUUUGUUCAUUGCGGACGACGAGCAAGAUUUGGAUGAAAAUGUUGAUGCUGGUGAUGAAGACAGUGAGUAUGCUCCCUCUGACAAAGAGACACUUAGUCGAAUUUCAAGAAUGUCUAAAUCUCGUAAGGGAGUUUCUUCACGUACUCGUCGACAUUCAAAAGUACAGAUUGCAUCUACUAGUGAAGCUGAAAAUGGAGGGUCUACUGAAGAGGAUGAAGCCGGAGAAUCAGAGUCGGAAACAGAAGAGGAAGAUGAUGAUGAAGAAUUAGGAGACUCGGUGUUACUGAAUCAUUCUGUUGUUAACGGUGAUAUGUCAGUACAAUUAUUUGAAGAUGAAAGCAAUCAGAUACAAAAAGAUAUUUAUGAUUUUGACGCUCAAAGUAUCAUUUCAGACAAACGUGUUACCUCAUUGAGGAAAAGAAUAUCAACUAAUGCAGUCAGUCGUAGUAUGAAUGUAACUACGACCAGUCGAUCAACACGUAGAUCUGCUUCUGGAAAAGGUACUAGUUGGGGAUCGAAUAUCUAUAGUGCGCUUGCUGCUGCUCUUAAAACACGUGCGGACCUGGAUGCUUAUUCAAGUUUCCUGAAAUCAAAUGUCUUAAAUGCUGGCUUUGAUAAAUUUUUAGCUGAAGUUUGUAAACCUAGUAAUCAGCAUGCUAACUUAUUUUAUGGUGCAUCGGCUAGCUUGCAGAGUCUUAUGAGUCGCAUUAAUGAUCAUGAUAAAGUCGUUGAACUGUUGCACGCAUUUGUUUCACAUUCAUAUGAUCAGUUACAACAUCGUAUUGUUUAUCUAGUGCCAAUAGUCCACCAACCAUUGUUUGGUGUUUCUCAUAUGACGCCAAUAAGUCAACAUCUUGAAGCACUUGUUAAAAAUAUUGAUGAAGAAAUGGUUAUAAAACCAGCAUAUAUUCUUAAUCAAGAAACAAAUUUGCUAGCGAUCCGUAGUUCAGUUGCUAGUGAUUUUGGUGUUUCAAAUACUCAGUAUAAUUUUAUCACAGGUGCUGGUAAUUUAGGAAGAUAUAUGCCAGAUAUUAGUCAACUAAUUGUUCCAUCUGAUUUAUAUCAAAAGUUAACUGAACUUAUUGCACUCCCACCUGAAAGGAUUUAUGAACUUGCUCUUGCUAGAGUUCAUCAACAAGAAGAUGAAGCGGAUAUUGAUAUCAGUCCACUUGAACCACCAAAUUUGCAAAGAAUUGUUUUAGCCAUCAAUAAAGAAGGGAAUUUAGUUGGUAUAGCAGUAUUGGAUACAUGGAAUCGUAAUGAUGUUCCACAUAGCAGACCAAAGGUCCCUAUUGAUUUAUUUAAUAUCAGUGCACUCUCUGAUAGUACAUGUUUAGUAAAUCAAAAUGGUACGGUGGAAGUAAAUUGUAAAGCUAGAGAGGAACAAGUUCGUGAAGUGUUGGAUAACAUUAUCGAUUGGGUGGUUUUAAAAUCUGAUCCUAAGGAUUAUAGUUCAUUGUCAAAACGUGUAACUAGACAGGAGAGUUCUGUUCUUGGUCCAGUACGAUUUGUAGAUGCGUUUGUUGUUAAACCAAAUGGUCGUCGAGACACCUUAUUGUUGGUUGCUCAUCCUGUUAAUUGUCAUCCAUCUGAAAACGCUGUUGAGAAUGAUAAUUUCUUUGUGUACUCAGUUGUUGAUGAAUCAAAGUUCUGUCUAGAAAAGCAUGGAUUCAUGCCGGAAUUGUCUAUAGCACUUGACGGUGUACAUACUGUUGACCCUGAAGAUAUACUUGAGGAUAAAUCUUUAUUAGUAGUUCCUGAUCUUUUGUUUGACACUCUAAGAAAAGUUAUGCUACGUGAGUUGGCCAGCUCUAGUAGCACUGCAGCGGCUGCUGCAGCCGUUGUGGCGUCCUCACGAUCAGAUGCUGCAACUCUCCCGUUAACAUCAACAGGUCCGGCAGCUGUUAUCCAUUGCACAAAAUUCGUCAUAUUAGAUCGUCAGAGACGUGUCCCACUCGCAAUCGCAUUUGAUUCUCCUGUUCGCCUUACCCUCCAAGUAGCAGAUGAUAAGUUAGGUGUACAUCCUCACGGAGAAGCUGCUUCUGUCAAUUUCGAUCAGAUCACCCCUUCAGAGUUGAAAUCCUACGAAUCAUCAUUCAAGCCAACUUCUGCUGAAUAUCGCUUAGUCGCUAUAAAUGGGUUAUUAUAUGGUUUGCAAAUCGAUGAUCAACGCGUCAUUCGCCGUAUCAUUGAAAUUGUUCCAGCUCGUUUUGAUUCUAUCUACCCACAUACAGGAAACCCAUCACUUUGUGCACAGUCAAUAUCUGCAUCCUGUAAGUCCUGUCCAUCCAACGUCAGAAUAGUCAAUGAUGAAACUAACAGUUCAACUGUUUUGCCAGCAUUUUAUUAUCCCCACUAUGAGCAAAAUAAAUUGUGUGCUGUUGUUUCUGGCUUUACGGACCAGUUAUGUAGUUUGUUUUUUGACCUACCUAUCUCUAUAAGUUUAUACGAUGUCGUUUUACGUAUGGCGCAAAAGUAUAUGCCAGAAAUUCUAGCCAGGCAGCAUAUUGAGGCGGCAGAAGCUGCAGCUUACGCUGAAGCUGCUGCAAAUCCUCAUGCUCCUCCACCAUCACCAGUUCCUCUUCCAGAACACUGGGGUGUUUGCUGCUUAUGUGCCAAAGAACUUCGUUCACCAAACGGUUUGCUAGAUCACGAGAUGAGGCAUUUAGGUCUCUCCAGGUUCCGUUGCGGAGUACAUAAUGUUUCAUUUUUAGAACGUCGAUCUUGGCAAGCUCAUAUGAACGAACAUCAUGCCUGUCCACGUUCAGGUCCUUUGUCUGUACUUCUUCGCCCAAAUCCAGUUAAUCAAAAUGAUUCUGGUAGUGAACAAGAUGAAGAAGACGAUGAAGCAGUUGAACAGGAUACUAUUCCGGGUAGUGGUUUGCUUGUUGGACUUGCAAACGUUUUUAAUACAGGUCUUCUCGCUGGUCGUAUGGAGGCUCCUCAGUGUGAAAAGUGUGGUGAUUAUUUCCCUGCGGCAGAAGUGCUUGCACAACAUCUAGACUUCUGCGAUAGUGUGAGUUUUUCUCUUCGUACUCCUCUGUCUCGAACUGUCGGUGGUGUUGCAAAGCCACUUUUAGCAGAAGACUCUUAUCUUCGAUCUGGAGAUGAUGUGUCUAUGGAGGCUUCUGUAUUAAAUGCUGAUGACACAACGUCAGAUGCCAAAGAUGAUGCAUGUGUCUGUGGCAUUUGUGGAACUCAAGUUUCUUCACGUGACAAAAUUCUUCGACAUUUCACAGUAUAUCAUCUUCAAUGUAUUUUGUGCAACAAAGUCCUCCGGUCAAUGGAAGAACUUUCUGGUCAUUACUAUACGCACAUAAAAACUGAUGCACCGAACGCCUUAGAAGAAUCUGAUGGUGAGGUGUUUACUGCAUUGAAAAAUGAUCCAGAUGAAGAAUUAAUUUCGAAAGCUGGCGCAAAUAAAAAGCCAUCAAAUAAACUAAUGACUUGUGAUAUUUGUACAGAGUUUUACGGGACAAAGUUUAACUAUUAUUUCCAUCAGUGGGCAGAACACGGAGUAGUGCACCCAGGAGAUGGUACUUCACAAGGUAUGCUUCAAAUGCUUACUCAAACGCGACAGUUUCGACAGCGAGUAGAUAAAGAUGAUCUUGCCUCUAUGGGUGUCCGUAAGAUGAAGUGUAAGUUAUGUGGACUUGUUGUUCGGUGUAGUGGGAAAGAUUAUGUACAGCAUCUUAGUGAGAAACACAACAUUAGUACCACUCUCGAAGAUAUUUGUCGUAUAUGUGCUGAUGUUUUUGAAUCUCCAGAGGACCUUUCUGUUCAUCUUGGUGAAGUACAUUUUCCAACUGGUGAAUUUGGAAAUGCUGGUGUGCAAACUAUAUUUCGCUGUACUCACUGUGAUUUUUGGGGUUUCAACAAAGGUGUUUUAAGGCAUGCUCGUGAGGUUCAUGAUGAUCCAUCUCCAUCUAUUUAUGAAUGUAUGCAUUGUUAUGAGCGGUUCUCUGAUAAACGAGUCUGGCGUGCACAUAUGGAUAAACAUAAUGAAGGUUAUUCCCACAGGUGUAUGGAAUGUGGGCGUGCAUUUCGAUUAAGACCUUCUCUUCUUCAUCAUAUGCGUUGCCAUCAUGGAGAUGAUCAAGGACCAGCAACUUGUGAAUAUUGUGGACUGAUUUAUCCUAAACGAUCAUCCUUAAGAUACCACAUCUUCCGCAUGCAUAAUCAAGAAUUAGCUCAUGAAUGCUUCAUGUGUCAACGACGUUUUCGACUGGAGACAGAACUUCGACGUCAUGUAAAAGAAAUGCAUAGUGGAGCUGUCAAGUGUGAAAUAUGCCAUAAAGUUUGCGCUAACUUGCGGUGUUAUGCUCAGCAUAGGCAAAAACACUUUCGUACCCGUAUUUACCAGUGUACUGAUUGUCAAACAACGUUUAAAAGUAAAUUGGCUAUGAAGCGUCAUAUUCGAGUUGAGCAUCUGCAACUGGGUCCUGAAAAGUUUGAGUGUCAAAUAUGUGGGAAGAUUGUAACACAAAUUGGUAUGCAUAUGCUGAUACAUAAAGAAGCACGUUUUGAAUGUGAAUAUUGCAAUAAAAGAUUUACUAAGGCUGCUUAUUACAAUGAACACCUUCGAAUACACCGCGGCGAACAACCGUUUGAAUGUCAUAUAUGCAGGAAACGAUUUAAUAAAAAAUCGAAUCUCAAUGUUCAUGUGAAAUUCCAUGAGAAGCAUCGGGAUGAAGAAGGAAAUUAUCUUGAAUUGAAACCUCGUGGUCGUAUCAGCACAAUGUUUGGUGAUGCUCUGAUGAGUCCAAGUGAUCGAGCAGCUCGACAAGCUGCUGCUAGGGCAGGAAAUCCUGCGAUUUAUGUUCCAAAAGUUGAUGUGGCAGUAGGAAGUGACUUCCCUGGUGCUUUUAAUUGUACUGGUCCAGCUGGAGCAGCUGCCGAAGCGGCUUCUCGAGUAGCAGAAUUAUAUGGUCUUGACGGAAUUGACGCUAAUCAUGCAAAUUCAGCUGAUUUUAUUCUGGAACCAGUGGGUUUAGAUGACUUGGCUAGAGUUGAACCACUGUUGAAAAAACAACGUUUAAUGUGAAACUAUUUCUGCAUUCGGUUUGACAUAAUAGUUGGUGGUAAAUUUGACAAACAUUCAGCAGAUAUUUAAUAGAAGAGACGUUUUUUGAAGCUACAGACAAUUUCUUUGAUCGAUUUCGUGGUAUCGGUCAAGUGCAGCCGCUACUCAUCUAUACUCUACAGCUAACUGAGUACUUCCAAUUUCUGUAUAUGUUAGCAGUCCUCAGGAUUAUUCUGCAAUCAGAGGGUGAGAUACUGAUGUGUUGUUGCAUUUCCACCUAAAAAUUUAACAGUGAAACAAAAACAAUAUCGGUUGUAAUGGUGGGAGAAUGCAAGCUCUAUUCAACAGUCCCUCAUUUGUAUCAGUAGCAUAUUUCCAAACUCAUACAGGGUUGUGUUCUUAUACCAAGGAGGUGUUAAAUUCCACAGUUUCCAGUGUAGCUGUACCUUACUAGUCUCGAUACUCGACUUCUUACCUGUAAGUUAGGGGUUCGAAUCUAAUUUUACCUACAGAAGUCCUGACUGUCGUCAUUUAAUUGGUAUGACUCAAUGCUUAGUACAAAAACUUAGAUGUGGUUCUCCAGUCCCAUUUCUUAUCAUUAUUUUCCCCUGAUUUGAAAGCAAUUUUUGGUGUGCGCAAAAAGCAAACUCUUUUAUGCAACCUAUGAACAACUGGUCGCCACUGUGAGUUCAUUGACUUGUCUUUGGACAGGAAGACUAGAUAGGUUUUGUUAAUGUAAGUAUAUAAUUCAGGCACUGGUGGAGUAUGGUUCCAUAUUAAAUUAUUUCAUGUUAUAGCACACAAUGAUACUGUAUUAUUCACUGAAUGACGUUCCGAGUACAACUUAGUGAUCACAAUCAUACCGAAAGUAGCAUCAUGAUAUAUGUUGAAGAUUGUAACUUUUAUCGGCGAUCGUAAUUCUAAAGUGAUUAAAUCCGACUUCCUACUGAUAGAAAGCCUUGUGAAGGUAACUGGUCGACAAAACCUCAUGGUAAUCAUGAAUAACUCGGCAAAAUUAAGAGGAAGCGGGAAAACAAUGUAGUCAUCACCAAGUAGUAAAAUGAUUAAUUAAGUGUUGUAUCCUAGUUAGCUUGAUUUGUAAGAGGAUUGGAAUUAUUACUACCUGGUUACUAUAACCCUAUAGGAACUUCACUCUCGACCAGCUAACUUCAAAUUCAAGCAUUUUAUCACCUCUUUAGCACUGGAUAGCUAAGCAGUUAUCGAAUCUCGUCAUGAUGUUUAACAUAGCAUAUUCGCUCCUAUUUUGGAGUUCUUAUUUUCAUAAAGUUAACGUUUGUUCUUUUUUUUUUUUGGAUUUUCAGCUUUUUUCUAAAUUUCGCAAUCUUACCUGGACGUUCAAUUGUGUAUUUGCAUUCAUCAAAUGUCUGUAACUUUGGUGACAUCAACUUCUUCUGUACAGUCCCAUAUAUAAGUGUAAUCUGAAAAAUGUAAUCACGUAUUUAAUAUUUUUAUGCAAAUUACAUAUCUUCUUGAAAAGAAAUUUGUUCAUUGAUAGUUUGAUGGUCUACCGCCGAUCAGUGUAUUAUUUUUAUAUACCUUAUUGUCUAUCCAAUGUUUUGUAGAAAAAUAAUAAAUAACAGAAUCAUAUUGACAGUGACAAAUUUAAAUUUUGCUUAUACAUUUAGUGUGUGUGUGUUUGUGUGUACCACUGUAUUGCAUUACUUCAAUCAGAAUAUACAUGUAUUAUUUUCUAUCUUCUCGUGUAAAUGUAGGGUUAUGCAUUAG